UUAUCAGAAUCAAAACAAACAGAAAAUAUUCCAAUUGAUUCCUCUAAAUUGCAAAUAAAUUUUGAUGAAACUAACAAUGAAACCAAGAUGCCUUUGGAAAACAAUUUAGAAGACACUGUUGGUAUUGUUGACAUAAGUUCUUCAGUUUCUACUUCAAAACAGAUAAAUUUGGAGGAAAAUGAAAAUGAAAAUAACUUUCAUGAUAAAUCUGUUGAAGCUGAUAAAGUUGAUAUUAAUAAACAAAAUGCUAAUGACAAGUGCCAUACUCCUAUACCAACUUCAAUUAAUUUAGAAUGUGAUAAUAAUGAUCAAUGCAAAUUAUCAUUAUCUGGUAAAUCAGAAGUGGUUUCUCAGGACAAUCCAUUAUUGAAAUUGCCUAAAGAAUGUCAAACUCUUGAAAAUAAAGAUUCCGAUAUCUUUGAUGAAACAUCAAAAAUCAACCAAAAUUCAGAUUCAGAAAUCGUAAAACCUAUUGCAAAUGCGGAUGAUUUUUCUAGAUCAGAUACUAAACAUAAAGAUUAUUGUGAUAAUUCACAAACAAAGAGUUUUAUUGUUAAACCUCGGAACGAAACUAAAGAUAAUAUCGAAAAUAUUUUAGAUAAUUUACAUAAACCGUAUGACAGUUUAGAAAAUACUGUGACAGUAAAAGAUACUGACACAUUAUACAAUGCAGAAAAUAAAGAUAGCAUUUCAUUAGAUGGUGCGACAAUACAAAAUAAAAUGUUUUUAGAUAAUAAUGAAGUGUCUCCACAGUUGGCAGAUUCAAAAGAAAACACACUAGUGGAUCACUCAACUAUUACAAAUGAUGACAAUUUACGGCAUUUGAAUAAAAUCCAUUCAGAAGUUCAACAUGAAGAGAACAGUAAAAGUAUAACAAUUUCUUGCAAUUUUGAUAGUUCUAAAAAUAUAACCACUACAGAUAAAGUGGAUGUAAAAGAUGAGGUCUUAAAUUCAGAAACUUUUGUAAAAAAUUCAGUACAUUCUUGUCCGCAAAGUGUUGUGGGUGAAAAUUCAAUUAUAUCCAAUAAUAAUGACACCACUUUGGAGAAUCAAGAAAUUUCAGAACAAGCAAGAAAAGAUUGUGGUGAAAAUUUAAAAUUAUGUUUAGUCUCUGAAGAAGUUUCUGAUCAGAAAAAAAUGAUUAAAAAUGAGACUUCACAAGACUUUAAUAAAACUGAAGAAUAUGUAGUAAAUGUGAAUACUGAAUCUAAAUUAGUAUCUACAGAAAACAUAAUUGAAACUGAUCCUAAUAAUUUCGAAAAGAAUAUCAGUGGAUUGACGGAGCUUCAUGAGAAAGAGGCAAAAUUAGCUGUAAAGUCAGAUAAGGCGAAAAAAGAAAAACUUUUAGAAGAUAGUACUGAUGAUAACCUCAUAUUGAAUAACACUUGCGAGGCAAAAAUAUUUAUAUGUGAAAGCGUAACAGAUAUUGAAAAACCUUCAAAAAUACAUGAAAAGGAAGACUUAUUAAAUAAAGAUGCAGAUACACAUCAGUCUAGUAAUAAUAUUAUUGAAGUUCAAAGUAUAAAUAAAACUGUAGAUACUAGUGAAAGUGCUGAUGUAUUUGAACUGAAAACAAGCAUGGUCGAUAAAGACAGUGUUCAUGAAAUACCUAAAAAUGAAAAUGUAGAAAUCAAAGAAGGAAGUUUGGGCAUUGAACAAAGGGACUCACAAGAGCAUGAGAAGGUUGAUGCACAUUUAAAUGUGGAACAUGUUAGUAUCGUAAGAGCGAGUGAUAAAGAUGAACUAUUACAGACAAAAAUAGAAGUUGUUGAAGAGAGUAAUAUUGCUUCAAAUAAAAGUUCACAAUUAAAUGAUAUUGAAAAUCGAAAGCAAAAUGAUGAUAUACCAUUAAUUUCUGAAUUAGUUGUACCUUGUACAAAUACUGUGCCUCAUUCUCUCGAGAACGAUCAGGUGAGCAAUGAAGAUAAUUUUAUGGUUAAUGAUAUUAUAAUUAGCAACAGCUGCUUAAUUAAAUCGAAAAAUAAGAAUGAUCAAAUAGAAAUUGGAAAAGAAAUAGAAAAAGAUGCAGAAUCAGAUUCUAAACUUGUUACUCAUGGUGAGGAAAAACUCAUAACAAGCACAGCUAUUGACAUAAAUAAAACUGAAGUAACAAGUCAUGAAAACGUCAUUGAAAAAAAUUGUGAUAAAUCAGACAUAAUCUCAACAACUACAGACAAUGAUAAUGAGAAACUUGAAUUAAAAGUAAUUUCAGAAAAACAAUCAGAACAAAAGUUAGAAAAAGAAAUUGAAAUACUUGAUGAUAAAGAAGCAACAAAAUUCGAUAUAAAAGAAAUGAAGGGCGAGAAAGUUUUAGAUACAAACAUUCUAUCUAUUAAGGAGCAAGAAAACCAAAGUACAAUUGGGGACCAAAAUCAAUUAGAUAUAUCUAAGAAUAAAGAUUUAUUAAAAGAAGAAUUAUUAGAAUAUAAUACUCCAGCAGAAGAAACACACACUGGUGGUAAGAAAUCAAUUGAUGACGUUAACGAACUAGAUUUAAGUGUGAAAAUUGUUGGUCCCAGCAUGGAAAGUGAAGAAAAAUGCUUAAAAUCUGAAAUGACAGAAGUAUCUGUUAAAUUAGAUGAUGCAAAUAUGCAAGAAUCAUCAGCUCCUAGGUCGACAGAUGCCUGUAUAUUUGAUGAAAGCAAUAAAACUAUGGAUGAAUCCAUGCAGAAGCAAGACGAUAAGAAUUUCAAAACAGAUGUACACAACAAGAAAGAAUUGAAGACUGUAAAUUUAAGUUUAACUCAAGAAUCUAUUAAAGAAAAUGUUGAUAAAAAAGAAGAAAUGGAGGAAGAGAAUAAGGACAACACAGAAGUGGUGCAAGAUCUGAAAUGCAAAUUGAAAGACCAGAAUUCUGAUUUGUCUAAAUUAGAUACUAAACUCGAAUCUCAAAAAAAUGCAACUAUGAAAAUUGCACUAAAAUCUUCAGAAUGUCAAGAAAAUUCAAUUAACAUUGCCAAAAACAUUUUAAGUAUUGACAAUUUUGAUAUUGAAAGCAGCCCACUCAAAUGCACAAUCGUAGAUAGCACUAUAUCAGAAAUCAUAGAUUAUAGUAAAGGCAAAGUUGAUGACAUAACAACACCUUUGGCAGCCAAACAUACUAAUCCUGACACAAAAAAUACUCUUAUUAAUAAAGACGAUAGUAAUUCAGAACAUGCUGCACAUGAAUAUGAAAAAUUAGAUUCAGACACAGAAUUUCCAGAAGCAAGUAUAUCUGAUGAGGAGAUAGUUCAAGAAGAUCCAUUAGCAGAUCCUCUGGCUGGUACCAUUGAUGUUGUAGAUGAUACUUCAAAAGCUGACGAGGAAAAUCAACAAGCCAGUUUAACUGGUUCCAUCAGGGUUAGAAAUAUAAAAGAUCUGAAAAUUGAAUCUGCCGCAAAACCUAAUACUAGAAAACGAAGAAUAUCUGAUAAAGUUGAGGAUAGUGUAGAAAGUGUUGGAAAUAUUAGUUCUGAUGAAGAGUGCGGUGGAAAACGUUUAAAAAUGCGAGGAAGGAGAAGCAAUGUUGCUAAAAGGAAAGUUGCAGUACAUAAUAAAAGCAAACCACAAAAAGAGGCAAGUAGUAGUGAUGAAGAAGAAGAAAUAGACGCUAAAGCUAAACCUAAUGAAAAGACAAAAACCACAGAAGAUAAUUCUAAAGGGAAAAAGAAUAAAGUGAAAAAACAUGAUGAAUCUGAGAAGAAAGGCAACAAAACAGGAAUAAAUAAAAACAUUGAACCUGAUCGAAAACGUACAAAAACUCGGCGUAUUAUGGGUUUAGUUGUUGAUGAAGAUGCAAUCAUUUCAAAACAUGAUGAAUCUAAUGUUAGGCAAUCUAGAAGAAUAGCUCAAAUAAAAAUAAAGGAAGAAGCUGAGCGAAGAAAGGUUGAAGAAAUUACCUUAACACACCUAAAGCAGGAAUCGCAGAAAAAACGCAAAUCAAAGAAUGAUGAUAAGGAAUUCAAGGUAGAGAAAAGAAAACGCAAACAGCAAGAGGAAUCGAGUUCAGAAAGUGAACCAGAAUCCCACUCUUGUGAUGUGCGUCAAGAUAAAAAAAAGAAACGCGGACGCAGAAGAAAACAAACCAGUAAACCUGCUUUUGAUGAAACUAAACCAUGGCAAAGUUCAUCUGAAAGUAGUUCAGAAAAAGAUGGUGAGGAAGAUGAUAUCGAAUUUGAACAUUACCAUUCAGAAGAUGAUAAUAUUCCAGUAAUAAAAUCGGAUCAUGAGUUCUCACCUGAGAGUGAUUUGGAAGGAGGAGAGUCUCAGCCUACGAGAAGAGCUAGAACUGCCAAAAAAGAAUCUGAGGAAGCAGAGAUUUGUGAUGACCAACGUUGCCAGAAAUGCGGCAAGUCUGAUCAGCCAGAGUGGAUAUUAUUAUGUGAUGAAUGUGAUCAUGGAUAUCAUUGCUCAUGUCUCAAGCCUGUCUUGUUUAUUAUUCCUGAGGGAGAUUGGUAUUGCCCUCCUUGCCAACAGAAAAGGUUGAUAAUAAAUCUACAAAUGCAAUUAGUUGAAUUUGAUAAACUUAUGAAAAGGAAAGAAGAAGAAGAUUUGAGAAAAGAGCGAUUAGCGAUUGCAGGAGUUAACGAAGAAAAUAGUAUGGAUAAUGAAGGGAAUCCAAAACAUAGUAAAGAAGAUGAAAGUGAAUCCAGUUCAUCAGAAGAAACGAGCAGUUCAGGUUCUACUGACAGCGAAGAAGAUGAAUCAGGUUACAAACUACGAGAAAGACGAGCCGCUAAUGUUUGCUACCGUUUUAAUGAUUAUGAUGAUCUUAUUAAUAAAGCAAUUAAGGAUGAAAUGGAUGUUGCAAAAGAAUCAGCUGGCAAUAUGGGUCGGGGUAAAGAUAUUUCAACUAUAAUCGAGGCUGAAAAUGAAAAGAAAGCAGACAAUGAAGUAAAAGAAGAAUCUAUACAAAAAGAUGAAGAGAAACAGAUUAUUGAAAAAGAGGCAAAAACUAUUGAAUCUGGUUCAGAAUAUGAUGAAAAGAGUGAAUGCAAAGAUAAAACGCAAUCUGAUGAUAGUUCAAGUAAUAGUGAUUCAGAGAGACUAAAUCAAUUACAAGUAUUGUCAAAGAGAAAAAAGCAAAGAAAAUUAAAUGCUCUAGAUGUGAGUUCUGAGGAAGAUCAUGUUUCUGAUGAGGAUUUCAAAGGAUCAAGUGCUGAUUCUGAAGAUGAAGACUUAGAAAGUAAUAGUGACUUUUCUGAUAGUGAAUUGGAUCUCCCACGAAAGAAAGGAGCCACAAGACGUUCAACCAGGGCAAGGAUGACCAGAUUCGAUAAAGCAUUUAUUAAUGAUUCAGAUGAUAGUUCUGAUGCACCUAAAAGAAAGAAGAAAUAUAAAAGUAUAUUGAGUGAUGAGGAUGAGGAAAGUAUGAGUUCUUCAUCAGAGGAUAGCACAACCGGUUGGAAAAGUGGACACAAGCGCGGCUACAAAAAGUCCAAAGCACCUGUGAGAAAGAUGCCUAAAUUUCCAACAGUAAAUAAAAGUGAAUCUGCUCCUGCUGUUAAUAAAAAGCCAAAGAAGAAAAGAACUUCUGAAAUAUCAGAUCUAUCGUUCAGAAGUGGUGGUCUAAAAAAAUCUAAUGACUUAGAUGAGCCAAUGGAAGGACGAAGGACGAGAGGAAGGAAAAUUAAUUAUGUGGAAGCCCUUGCAUCUGAUUCUGAUGAAGAUAAGAAAAAAAAGAAAAAGACAACUGUGAAGAAAAUUGUUAGUGAAGAUGAAUAUGUUCCUGUUGAAGAAGACAAUGUGGCAACUAAUCCCAAUACUAAAGAAUUUGAUAUUGAGGGACAAGAUAAAAUUGAUACUGCAUUUAUCAAGAAUGAAAAUAUACCUAAAAGUGAUUUACUUAUAAAUGCUCUGACAAAAACUCCACAAACAGUUGCACAAGUUGACAGACAUGUUGCUGCACUUGAUGAAAGAGAAAACCUAAAGAAAGAUGCUGAUAUAUUAAAUUCCAUCACAAUGGCAGACAGCAGUCAUGGAAAGCCUUCAACUUUAACACUAAGCAAAUUACAUGAAAAAGUGACGAGCAAUAAAAAUUUCAAUACUCAUAUCGGCGGUAAAACUCCACUUGUUGUUCGAAACCCUAAUUUAUUGGAUGAUAGAAGUUCUUUGCCGAAAGUCGCCAGAGUAGAUACAUCAUUUGAGGAAAGUGGUGAUUGCAUUGAUGAAGAAGAAGAAGAAUCAAUUGAUGAGGAAGAAGAGGAAUUUGAUGAAGAAGAUAUUCAUGAGGAGAAUGAGUAUAUGGAUUCCAAUAAAUCAAAAAUUGAAGAAUCCGAAGAUGUUAUUGCACAAAGAAUGAUGGAAGAUCCAGAUUUUGCUGCAAUGCGUUUGCAACAGGUUGGGGUUCAGAUUGCAAAAGAUAAGAAGAAAAAAGCAGCUGAAGAGAAGAAAAUGCUAAAAGAACAGAGGAAACUGGAGAGGAUAAGAAAGAGGGAUGAAAAAGCUAAAAUUAAGGAGGAAAGAGCAAAAGAGAGAGAAGAAAAGAAGCUUGCAAAGCAAGCUGCUUUAGCUGCCCUUGCAGCUUCACCUGUUGAGCGGAAGAAGCCAGGACGUAAGCCCAAGGCUCUUACUGUUGCUUCACAGAAUCAGCAAAUAUCCGAUUCGGGAGAAUUACAUUUAUCAGUUUCCGAAAAGCAAGUGAAUGCACCAUCUUCAAGUAUUUUGUCAAAUAGAUUGAAUCCAAAUAUUCCCAUUCAAAGUCAAGCUGCAGGUACUGGCUUCAAUUUGGGCAGUAUAUCAGUGACACCAAUUAAAACAUUGAGUGCAGUUCAAAAUCAACCUGCAACAAGUGACAAUGUAAAAGUUUUAUCUCCUAUGAUGUCAAACCCAAGUUCGCCUUGCACAAGUAGCAGCAUGUCCAAUACAUCUACACCUGGUGUGGUUAGUGGUACAUCUCCUGUGCCAAAUCCACAAAAUUUCAGUUUAGCUAAUUUGCGCCCACAGAAUAUGAAUGUUCCACAUGCAGGACAACACCUUAUGACGAGCCAAAGCACGAACGUUAGGCAUCCCUUGACCCCACAAACCAAUGCUGGAUUUAUGGGUAUGGGAAUGCCUGGUUUACAAAAUAUUCCAACAACACCAAAACGAAGGGGUAGAGGUCGCGGCAAGAAAGCUGCGGCGGCUGCGGAAGCAGCAGCAAAUCAGUUGGUUGGUAGAAGCGGUAACAAACAUGACGAAAAAGGUGUCACCAAUUUGAGCAUAGCAGCACCACCUCAACCAUUUUCUGCAUCUCAACCUUCACCAUCGGUCAUCACACGUAUGCUGCAUAAUCCAGGUGGAAAUCCUCCAGUGUCUAUUAAUCCAACUGCUCCAGUCACUUGUGAUUCCAAUAUGCCUACUGGAUCUGUGGGAUUGACCACCUCCCCUUCCAGCUUUCAAGGAAAAUAUUACCCGCAUUCUGAAAAUUAUUUACAAAGGCCUAGGGGACCAAUGGGAGCAGCUAUGGGAAUUUAUAGACCUGCAGGCCCUAUGGGCAAUUAUCCACCACGUGGUAUGUAUCAUUCUCCUCAUCAUCCAUUAGACCCCUCACCUUCUGGUGGAGGACCUAUCAAUGUGCAGCCAAAUAUUCUCCCGACGUCAGCGCCUGGACAAAUUGGAGCUCCACCACCUUUGAGACCUGGUACUCCCCCCAAAGCGCGUAUGCCCUAUGAAUACAUGCAUCCAGCAUCAGGGCCCAGGCAUUCUCAAUUUUCUCAAAAUCCACCUUAUGGCUAUCAAGGGCAACCAUCUCAAGCAUACAUGCAACCGGCAUAUCAGUAUGAACCAGGAUCUCAACCACCACCAUCAUUACAUCAGCCUCCUCAUUCAGUUGCACAACCAGUGCAUGUAAUACCAGGGUCAGUUAUAGAUGAUCAACAAUAUAAUAAUCCUGAUUCAGAACCUGCACGAAGUUCUUCAUUUGAGCCAGAAGGAGAACAAGAUGAGGAAUCAGGAGAAUUUGGUGGAUUGGUUAGUUACUUCUCAAGCCAGCGGGAAGAUGACCUAGAAACAUAAUUUGAUACUUAUGUAAUAAUUGUUUAUAUAUAAUUUUUCAUUUAGACAUUUUAAGAUGAAUGUUGAUUAUUGCAAGGUAACAUAAUUGAGAACCUGAUAUGGUUUAAAGUACAGACUAAUAUGAAAAUUAGAAGCCAGGAAAUAAUUACCAACAACGUACAUGAGAAAAUGGUUAAUAACGUGAUUAUAUGUAAGCAAAUGUUUAAUUUUUAUGAUAUUCGAAAAGAUUUAUUUAGCAUUUUAAUUAAAAA